AUGCUGUAUGACUACUGCAGAAACGACCACUUCGGCUAUGCGCCCUUCAACUACUAUCCGUUAGACUUCGGCCAAGGAAGUUUCCAGAAUGGAGCAGGACCACAGACUCAGUACGUAGGCUUAUACCCACCAACAGUGAACAACCCGCGAAAACGGAAUCGAAUGCGCACUGUAUUCACGGAGACCCAGGCACAGAAACUGGAACAUCUCUUCGGCGUCACUGACUACCCGGCAGCUGAGGCACGGGAGGAACUAGCCGUGAAGGCUGGUCUGUCAGCGGAGACAGUCAGGGUGUGGUUCAAAAAUCGUCGUGCGCGAAGGAGGAGACAGGGCAUCGCUAAGGGCAGAACCUUAGCUCAUGCUAAAGGUGCAAAACGAGAUUCUCCGGGGAGCAACAAGUAGACAUGGCUUUGAAAUGAUAUGCUUAUCGGACAACUCUCAAGAACGCCUGCAAUAGUCAUUUCAGAAUGGAACUUCUGCUGCUAUCUUUGAAAUUGCAGGCUUGACUAGCGACAGUUCAUUUACAUUGCCUUAAUUUAUUGGGACACCACAUGUCAUUCAUGUGUUCAUUUUGAGAAUACAUGCUUUUGUAAACAUUGGUACCAUAUUUUUAUUUAAAUUCUGUAACAGUGUGCU